AUGCCUUCAACAAAAUAUAAAAUUAUAGAUUCGCACGUUCACUUAUUUGCAAAAGAAAACUUAAAGUUAUUGAAAUGGGACGAAACUCAUCCCUUACAUUCUGAUUACCGUUUAGAUGAAUAUCUAAAAUAUUCAGUAUGCGAAAGGUUUCAAAUUGAAGGAUUGGUUUUCAUUGAAACUGACCCAAUUGCUGAUUUAUCAAAAGGUCUUGAAGGGUGUGAAUAUCCUAUUCAAGAAUAUCUUUAUGUAGCAAGAAAUGUUACCGGAAACUUACAUCCAGGUGAAGGAGAAGCUUCAGAGUUAAAACAAAAAUUUAUUAAAGCAAUUGUACCGUGGGCACCGAUGCCUUUGGGAAAGAGCCUGCUAAGAGCUUAUGUUGAAAUACUUAAGAAUAGAUCUCUGGUUGUUGAAUUCAACUUGGUAAAAGGAUUCCGCUAUUUGCUUCAGGAUAAGCCCCCAAAUACGAUGCUACAAAAGGAUUUUGUUCAAUCUUUGAAAUGGUUGGAUGAAAAUAAUUUUAUAUUUGACUGGGGUAUAGAUUUGAGGUGUGGUGGCUUAUGGCAAUUUGAAGAAACCAUUGAUGUUCUCAAGCAAGUUCCCAAUUUAAAGUAUAUUAUCAACCAUUUAACAAAACCCAACUUGGCAGUUCACCCAACCGAAGUUGAAGAAAAUGAUGAGUUUCUUCAAUGGAAAGACUAUAUGAAACAAAUCUAUACUAAUUCCCCAAACUCAUAUAUGAAAUUAUCGGGAGGUUUUUCAGAGAUGCCGCUUGAAAUAAUCAAAAAUAAAGAUAAAUGUGUCGAAUACAUUUAUCCUUGGUUUAAAGUUUGUUUUGAUCUUUGGAAUGUAGAUAGAACAAUAUGGGCAAGUAAUUGGCCAGUCUGCUCUCUCACUGGCGGUGAAAACUUGACAUCAAAUUGGUUUGAAAUUACUGAAAUGCUAUUUGAUAAAAUUGAAUUAGAUGAAGAAUCAAGGAAGAAAAUAUAUAGCACUAACUAUUUGAAGGCUUAUAAUCUAAACUAA